AGAUCUGUACAAGGACGUCAUGAUGGAUGAUCACCGGCCCCUCACAUCACCAGUUAAGGAAGAGAGAAGAACACCGGAGAGAUGUCCCAGUCCUCUUCUUCCACAGGAUAAUUCAGAAGAACAUUACUAUGUCCCACAGGAUGAUCAGGUAGAUGGAUAUAAGGUCAUCCUGAUGGAGGAUCACCGCCCUCUCACAUCACCAGUUAAGGAAGAGAGACGAACACCGGAGAGAUGUCCCAGUCCUCUUCUUCUGCAGGAUGGUUUAGAAGAACAUCGCAAUUUCCCACAGGAUGAUCAGCUUGUGAAUCCGGGUGAAGAUCUGAACAAUAUUAGUCCUACAGAGACAUAUGUGAGGGGUGAUGAGCAGAGUACAGAGUACAUUCCUACAGAUAACCGCCCAGGUGAGUAGUGACCACUAAGUAACGCAGAGAGGUCUCUAAGAUUCUACUCCAAUUUUAUGUUACAUUUUUAGGUUUUCUCUUCUGUCAGUUUUUUCAGCGUUAUAUUCACAGAUUCAAAUUAAAUAUGGAUGGAAAUGUGACAGCGUUAUAGGUGAUAUACAGUAUGUAUAUGAUGUAUA